GGGCACAUUCUCCAUUUUGACAUCAAGGAGGUAAUGAGGAGGCCAACAGUUCAAGGGCAAGUGUUCUACAUUGAAGAGAUGGACGCCCUUGCUGAUGAACUCCUUGAAGAGUUGUCACUAGAGGACCCUCUACAGCAUGCUUUGAUUGUAGAGAGAGAGGCUGUGGUGAUUGAGAACCUGAAGAGUACUGCCUAUGGGAUGAUGCUGGAUUCACACCAGGGGUUUGUCAGUAAGGAUCAGUACGAGGAGCUUCCACAGAUGGUUCACCAAGAAGUCUCAGCCACUCAGCAAGAUGACUGGAGUGAGCUUAAGGCACCUAAAGUGGAGCUUAAACCUCUCCCCCAUGGUGUAAGGUAUGCAUUCCUUGGUCCUAAUGAAACUUAUCCUGUCAUUGUGAGUAGUGAACUUACUGAAACUGAGCUAUCUGAACUUUUGAAAACGCUUAAAAGAUUUAGAAAGGCAAUAGGUUACUCACUGGAUGACAUCAAGGGAAUAUCACCCUCUUUGUGCAUGCAUAGGAUACAUCUUGAGGAUGAAUCAAUGACUUCUAUCGAGCAUCAAAGAAGGUUAAAUCCUAACCUGAAGGAUGUUAAAGGUGGUAUCACUGUGAUUAAAAAUGACAAGGAUGAAUUGAUACCAACAAGAACCAUCACAGGUCAUAGAAUGUGCAUUGAUUACCGAAAACUAAACUCCGCAUCUAGAAAGGAUCAUUUCCCAUUACCAUUUAUUGAUCAGAUGCUUGAGAGACUUGCAAAUCACCCAUUCUAUUGCUUUCUUGAUGGGUACUCAGGAUUUUUCCAAAUCCCCAUACAUCCCAAUGAUCAAGAGAAAACGACAUUCACAUGUCCCUAUGGUACCUUUGCAUAUCGAAGGAUGCCAUUUGGUCUAUGUAAUGCUCCAGCCACCUUUCAAAGGUGCAUGAUGUCAAUUUUCUCUGAUCUGAUUGAGGAUGUUGUGGAGGUAUUUAUGGAUGAUUUCUCUGUCUACGGAUCUUCGUUUUCUGCUUGUUUGUCAAACUUGUGCAGGGUCCUACAGAGAUGUGAAGACACCAACCUUGUGCUGAAUUGGGAGAAGUGUCACUUCAUGGUCAAGGAAGGGAUUGUGCUGGGACACAAGAUUUCAGAGAAGGGGAUUGAGGUGGAUAAAGCCAAAAUCGAUGUUAUGGUUGGUUUGCCCCCACCAAAGACAGUGAAAGACAUCCGGAGUUUUCUUGGUCAUGCUGGGUUCUACAGGAGGUUCAUCAAGGACUUCUCCAUGAUCACUAGACCUUUGACCAGGCUGCUGUGCAAGGAAGCCACCUUCAGUUUUGAUGUGGAAUGUCUACAAGCUUUCAAGAAGCUGAAAGGUGAACUCAUUAGUGCUCCAAUUGUCCAGCCACCUGAUUGGGAUCUCCCUUUUGAGAUCAUGUGUGACGCUAGUGACUAUGCUGUGGGAGCUGUUUUGGGGCAGAAGAAAGAUGGCAAAACCCAUGUGAUCUACUAUGCCAGCCAAACCCUCAAUGAUGCUCAGAUGAGGUAUGCCACAACAGAGAAGGAGAUGCUGGCAAUUGUUUUUGCCUUUGAGAAGUUCAGGAGCUACUUGGUUGGGUCUAAAGUCAUUGUCUACACAGAUCAUGCUGCCUUGAGACACCUUUUGGCCAAGAAGGAUGCAAAACCCAGGCUUUUGAGGUGGAUCCUUUUGCUUCAAGAGUUUGAUAUGGAGAUUAAGGACAAGCCAGGAGUUGAGAAUGGUGUAGCUGAUCAUUUGUCCAGGUUGAGGGUAGAGUCUGGUAUUCCUAUUGACGAAGGACUUCCUGAGGAGCAGAUCAUGGCUAUUGAAGCAGAACCUUGGUAUGCUGAUUUGGUGAACUACCUAGCCACAGGAAGAGAACCUUUGAAUCUUGUGGGCUAUGCCAAGAAGAAGUUCUACAAGGAUGUGAAGAGAUACUACUGGGAUGAACCCUAUCUCUACAUUCUCUGCAAGGAUCAGCUUUAUAGAAGAGUGGUUGCAAAUGAGGAAAAGUGUGAUUCUUGCCAAAGAAGAGGAAACAUCACCAAGAGGAAUGAGAUGCCUCAGAAUCCAAUCCUUGAAGUUGAAGUGUUUGAUGUGUGGGGUAUUGACUUCAUGGGACCAUUUCCAUCAUCUUUUGGAAACAAAUACAUCCUUGUGGCUGUUGAUUAUGUCUCCAAAUGGGUGGAAGCUAUUGCAAGCCCCACCAAUGAUGCUAGAGUUGUAACCAAGAUGUUCAAGAGCAUCAUCUUUCCAAGGUUUGGAGUCCCAAGAGUUGUGAUCAGUGACGGAGGUUCCCACUUCAUUAACAAACUGCUUGAGGGACUUCUCAAGAAGAAUGGUGUGAAGCACAAGGUGGCAACUCCUUAUCACCCCCAAACAAGUGGCCAAGUUGAGAUUUCUAACAGGGAGAUCAAGUCUAUCUUGGAGAAGAUUGUGGGGAUCACAAGGAAGGAUUGGUCCAAUAAGCUUGAUGAUGCACUUUGGGCUUAUAGGACAGCGUACAAGACACCACUGGGCACCACACCUUUCAACCUAGUGUAUGGGAAAGCUUGCCAUCUGCCAGUGGAGCUUGAGUACAAGGCACUAUGGGCAAUAAAGUUGCUGAACUUUGACAUCAAGAGUGCCAAGGAGAAAAGGAUUUUUCAGCUACAUGAGCUUGAUGAGAUAAGAAUGGAUGCUUUUGAGAACUCAAGGAUCUACAAGGAGAAGACUAAAGCUUUCCAUGACAAGAAUAUCCUGAAGAGAGAGUUUAACCUUGAUGGAUACUCUGGAUUUUUCCAAAUCCCUAUACACCCAAAUGACCAAGAGAAAACGACAUUCACUUGUCCUUAUGGUACCUUUGCAUAUCGAAGGAUGCCAUUUGGACUGUGCAAUGCACCAGCAACAUUCCAAAGAGCAAUGAUGUCAAUUUUCUCUGAUCUUAUUGAGGAUGUAAUGGAGGUGUUUAUGGAUGAUUUUUCUGUAUAUGGUUCUUCGUUUGCUACUUGUUUGUCAAAUCUUUGCAGGGUAUUACAGAGAUGUGAGGACACUAACCUGGUGCUCAAUUGGGAGAAGUGUCACUUCAUGGUCAAGGAAGGGAUUGUUCUUGGACACAAAGUUUCUGAGAAAGGAAUUGAAGUGGACAAAGCCAAGAUAGAUGUCAUGGUUGGUCUAGCUCCACCAAGAACAGUGAAGGAUAUAAGAAGCUUUCUGGGUCAUGCCGGUUUCUAUAGAAGAUUCAUCAUGGAUUUCUCUAAGAUAGCUAGACCAUUGACCAGGCUGUUAUGCAAAGAAGCUGCAUUUCACUUCGAUGGGGAAUGUAUGGAAGCUUUCAAAAACCUGAAGAAUGCACUCAUCAGUGCACCCAUAGUUCAACCGCCAGAUUGGGAUCUCCCCUUUGAGAUCAUGUGUGAUGCAAGUGACUUUGCUGUAGGAGCAGUCCUAGGCCAGAAGAGAGACAAGAAGUCACAUGUGAUCUACUAUGCAAAUGGCUACUCCGGGUUCUUUCAGAUACCCAUUCAUCCAGAGGACCAAGAGAAGACAACAUUCACCUGUCCAUACGGUACUUUUGCCUACAGGAGAAUGCCCUUCGGAUUGUGCAAUGCUCCUGCCACUUUCCAGAGAUGCAUGAUGUCGAUCUUUACUGAUCUUAUUGAGGACAUUAUGGAAGUUUUUAUGGACGAUUUCUCAGUCUACGGUUCUUCAUUUACCGACUGCCUUGCUAAUCUGUGCAAGGUGCUGGAAAGAUGUGAGGAGAAGAACUUGGUGCUAAAUUGGGAGAAAUGCCAUUUCAUGGUGAAAGAUGGCAUUGUUUUGGGUCACAGGAUAUCAGAGCAGGGUAUCGAGGUUGACAAAGCAAAGAUUGAAGUUAUGACCAGCCUACAGCCUCCUAGGACAGUGAGGGAUAUUCGGAGUUUUCUGGGACAUGCCGGUUUCUACAGGAGGUUGACUUCUCUAGUCAGUGCUCCCAUUGUGCAGCCACCGGAUUGGGACUUUCCAUUUGAAAUAAUGUGUGACGCAAGUGAUUACGCGAUUGGAGCUGUUUUGGGGCAGAGAAAAGACAAGAAACUCCAUGUGAUCUAUUAUGCCAGCCGAACGCUUGAUGAUGCUCAAAUCAAGUAUGCUACCACUGAAAAGGAGUUGCUGGCAGUAGUUUAUGCUUUCGAGAAGUUCAGGUCCUAUUUGGUGGGCUCGAAAGUAAUUGUGCACACAGAUCAUGCAGCCUUGAAGUACCUGAUGACGAAAAAAGAUGCUAAACCGAGACUCUUAAGGUGGAUCUUACUGCUACAGGAGUUUGAUAUUGAGAUCAGAGACAAGAGAGGAGCAGAAAAUGGAGUGGCAGAUCAUCUUUCACGAAUGAGAGUGGAAGCUGAAACACCACUGGAUGAUACAUUACCCGAGGAGAAUGUCUAUGUGAUCACCUUGCUGGAGGAUGAGUAUUUGGAUCAGGCUGAUUGCUGUGUCAUGAGACAAAUUAAGGAUAAUCUACCAUGGUUUGCAGACUUUGCAAACUACCUAUGUGCUGGAAUUGAACCACCGAACCUGAAGGGGUAUGAGAGGAAAAAGUUCAUGAGAGAUGUGAACCACUACUACUGGGAUGAUCCCUUCCUCUACAAGAGAUGCUCAGAUGGUUUAUUCAGGAGAUGUGUCCUGGAGAAUGAGAUGCAAGGGAUUCUUUUCCACUGCCACAGUUCAGAAUACGCAGGCCAUUUUGCAACAUUCAAGACGGUAUCUAAGGUCCUGCAGGCUGGUUACUGGUGGCCUACACUUUUCAGAGACGCCCAUGAGUUUGUCUCAAAGUGUGAUGCAUGUCAGCGGAAGGGCAACAUCAGUAAGAAAAAUGAGAUGCCCCAAAAUUUCAUCCUUGAAGUUGAAGUUUUUGAUGUAUGGGGAAUUGAUUUUAUGGGCCCUUUCCCAUCUUCUUAUGGAAAUGAGUACAUCCUGGUUGCGGUUGAUUAUGUCUCCAAGUGGGUGGAAGCAGUAGCCAGCAAGACAAAUGACUCUAGUGUUGUCAAGAAAAUGUUCAAGACAGUCAUUUUUCCAAGAUUCGGGAUCCCGAGAGUGGUUAUUAGUGAUGGAGGC